UCGAGGGGAGAAGGUUUCAGUGAAGAACGAGUGCCAUUGGCGAAAAGGGGAGAUCUACGCAGCUGGGGUGAAGAGCAAGCAGUCUGACAAACAGAAGAGCUGAGGCGAGAUGGUCCCGGUACCUGACAGCGAGCAGCCAGAUUCGUCACUGCAGGUUUCAUCUCCUCGGAGCAAUGGCGGUCAAGGGAGGGCAGCGUUAUCUGCCGAUGACUUGGUGGCACGGGGGCAUGCUCCCAUGAAAUGUGAGUACUUGAAAAACUCAAUGAAGACAGAGCGGGUAAAUGACGAGGAGUCUGAGAGGUUGGUGACGAUGACUGCAACCAGCGCAUCGCAGGACACUGCGGAUGCUUCUGACACUAUCGAUGAUGCAGCAGAAGGGGCAGGUGCAGUGCGAGGCACGGGAGGGAAAAUCUCAGCCGUGAAGAAAUCGAAGAAGGCACAAAAGAGGGAAAGGCGGGAGCUGCAAAGGUCUGUGCUGGUGCUCUGUGGAGCAGUUGCAAAAGCGGGAACUGUGGACGGUUGUCGCUUCGGCGAACGAUGCCAGUUUAAUCAUGAUAUUGCUGCAUACCUGGCGCACAAACCAGCCGACCUCCCUGGACCUUGCCCCUUCUCCACCCAGUUGUCAGAGCCGAAUCUCUCCAGGGCAUGCCCAUUCGGAAUUACGUGCCGGUUCGCCUCAUCUCAUCCUUUGAACCUCAAGAAAGCUGGCGGGACAUUAGUGUCAGCCUCGGGAGUACCAGGGUCAGCGGCAGCCACUGCUGCAAGGACUGAAGGAAGUAAUAAGUGUCCAGAUGCAGAUGUCCCUGAGGAGAAUAGCAAAGAAUUGCUGGUGCAGGGCGGAUGCGUCAGAGUGAAACAUGACGACAACGGGAACAGGACAUCCACUGCGUGUCCGGGAUCAGAGGCUGCAAGCGAGAGAACGGAGGAGGGAAUUGUUGCAUCGUGCCCAAGAAAGGAGGAGAGGGGGUCGGAGGCGGCGAGUGCUAGCACCAAGGAGGGGAUUACAUCGUCGUGUCCAAAGGAGGAGGGGAGGGAUGAGGGGGGGGAAGAAGAGGAGGGGGAAGAGAAAGGGACAGACGUUCUCGCUGAGGGAGAUCAGGGUAAGGGUAAGCACAACAAGAAGGGAAUUGCUGCAUCGUGCCCAAGAAAGGAGGGGAGGGGGUCGGAGGCAGCGAGUCCUAGCACCGAGGAGGGGAUUACGCCGUGUCCAACAAAGGAGGAGAGGGAUGAGGUGGGGGAAGCAGAGGAGGGGGAAGAGAAUGGGACAGCCGUUCUCACUGAGGGAGAUCAGGGUAAGGGUAAGCGCAACAAGAAAGGAGAGUACCAUGGCAUCACGGGAGAGGCAAAUAGUCUUCCGAAGGGCUUGCGAAGUCAGCUGUGGAAGAACAAAGUGAAGUUCAAAAGGGCAAACGUCGCCCUCCGAGCGUUAGGCAUCUUCAAGGACAAAUCCGAAAAGAACGCCAACGAUGACUGCAGCAAUGGCUCGCAGAUGGAUCACGCCGAACCUGUGGUGGAGAGCGUUGACACUGCUGCAAAUUCUGCUCCAGGGAGAACGGAGACUGUUGAGGCGGAAAAUGUUGAUCACACUGCCACUGCUUCUUCGGAUGGUAGAGAACCGGACUGGAAACCGCCUAGUCGCGAUGAUGCUGAUGUAGCAACUGCCACGGGGAGGCAACAAAACGGUAUUGAGCUGCAAAGUGAUGUGACUUAUAACGACUCGACAGAGCAUCAGGACGGCAAGCUGCAUCAUGAUGUUGGUCAUAAUGACGAUGACAGGGAGCAGGUAGACGUCAUUGUCGAAACACAAUUACCACCGAGCGCAAGUCGGGAGAAAGCUGAAGGUGACGGUGAUGAUUGGCAAGCUGCAACUCCAGCACCCACUUGCAAGAGAGAGGUCGUCGAAGACUCUUCUUUUUCUUGUAAUUCUUCUUCCUCUGAGGCAUGCACAAUGCCGCCGGAUGGACGGAAAGUACUUGGUGAUGUGCAGUCGACUGUGUGUGUGGGUCAGGAGAGAGAUGAAGGGGCACAUGACGAUUGGCAAGGCGUUCACCUGCCGGAGGCGGCACCAGGGGUGGCAUGCAAAGCCGCAACCGUUGGAGCCUCUCCCACUUCUACUUCCGAUCAAUCGAAAAAGUCGCUGGACGAGGAGACACCGCAUGUCAAUGUGGAGGUGACUGACGCGCCACGUACUCGGUAUGGUGGAGAUUGUGGUGUUGUGGGGGAGGGUAAGGAAUUGAAGUGGGGAAGGCGCGAGAAGAGGGCGAUCGACUUCCGUGGAAAGCUUUACCUUGCGCCUCUGACGACUGUCGGAAACCUUCCCUUUCGGAGAGUCUGCAAGCAGCUAGGGGCUGAUGUUACUUGCGGAGAGAUGGCUAUGGCGACGAACUUGCUUCAGGGCCAGAGCUCCGAAUGGGCGCUUUUGAGAAGACAUGAGAGCGAGGACCUGUUCGGGGUGCAGAUAUGCGGCGGCCAUCCCGAUUCCCUGGCCAGGGCGUCGGAACUCAUCGAAAGGGUGUGCGAUGUAGAUUUUGUUGACAUCAACAUGGGUUGUCCGAUUGACGUUGUCUGCGGCAAGGGUGCAGGGUCGGCACUGCUCAACAAAGUGUCGAGGAUGGAAAUGAUCGUGCGGGCGGUGUCGGGAACUCUGGAGUGCCCGCUGACUGUGAAGUUGCGCUCCGGAUACGCGGACAAUCGCAACACUGUGCAUACUGUUCUGCCGAAGCUGCGCGAGUGGGGAGCGUCCGCUGCGACGGUUCAUCCGCGAUCAAGGCAACAGAGGUACACCAAGCUCGCCGACUGGGAUUACCUGAGACGAAAAUGCGCAACCGAGACUGUGACCGAUAGUAUCCAGCUGGUCGGCAACGGAGAUCUGUUCUCCUUUGUCGACUACAACGAAAACAUGGAAGCUUCACGAUUGGCGACUUGUAUGAUCGCCAGGGGAGCGCUGAUCAAGCCGUGGCUUUUCACGGAGAUAAAGGAGCAGCGUCACUGGGACAUUUCCGCGACCGAGCGCCUAGAGCUGCUGAAGGACUACUGCCGAUUCGGUUUGCAGCAUUGGGGUUCUGACAACCAAGGUGUGGAGACGACAAGGCGCUUCUUGCUCGAGUGGCUGAGCUUCCUGCACAGGUAUAUCCCUGUAGGUUUAUUGGAGAGAGUGCCGCAGAAGAUGGCAUGGAGGCCACCUGCCUAUUAUGGGAGGAACGACCUUGAGACGCUUAUGGCAAGUGACAGCGCAGCAGACUGGGUGCGAAUCAGUGAGCUGCUCCUUGGGCCAGCACCAGAAUACUUUACAUUCACUCCAAAACACAAGUCCAAUGCCUACGACAGUACAGUGGAGAAUGGAUAGCUUCCCAUCAUGAUAUCCUUUUUUCCUUUUUUUUUUUUUUCUUUUUUUUUUUGUACAAACAGAACCUUACGGUUCUGUCUCCUUGUCCAUUCUGGUGAGCGCCAGUCCAGUUCCCAUUCCCCCGGCAAGUCGAAAGGGAAUACAAUAGAUGCUCACGGAGUCUCGCGCAGCCUGCCAUC